UCAGGAACGAGGUGAAGGAGAACCGCGGUUCGGUCAGUGUGUAGAAGAAUGAACCUCAACAGGAUUCUGGUUUGGUCCAAAUCCGCUAAGUUUGGAAGGACUUUAAUUAAAGCUCAGACUGGUAGAGAAUUAACGGCUCGAGUUCAGCAGCGUCGCUGUGUACAGAGCAGCAGCAGGAGUUUAGCAUAUGCUAAAGAUCUCUUCCUCGGAAAAGUAAACAAGAAUGAGGUGUUUCCCUACCCGGAGAUAAGUAAUGAGGAAUUGGAGGAGAUCAAACAGUUUGUCGCUCCAGUGGAGAAGUUCUUCACAGAUGAUGUUGAUUCGAAGAAGAUUGAUGAGGAAGCAAAAAUCCCCCCUGAAACCCUCGAUGGACUGAAGUCACUGGGGCUGUUUGGAAUCCAAAUUCCUGAGGAGUACGGGGGCCUCGGCCUCUCAAAUACCAUGUACGCCAGAUUGGGAGAGAUUACAUCCUUGGAUGGAUCCAUAGCCGUCACGCUCGCAGCACAUCAAGCAAUUGGAUUAAAGGGAAUCUUAAUGGCUGGAACUGAAGAGCAGAAAGCCAAAUAUUUGCCUAAACUUGCUUCUGGAGAGCAUAUAGCCGCCUUCUGUCUGACUGAGCCUGGCAGUGGGAGUGAUGCUGCCUCCAUUCAGACCCGCGCUGUGUUGACAGAAGAUGGAAAACAUUUUCUGCUCAAUGGCUCAAAGUUCUGGAUUUCCAACGGUGGUAUGGCAGACAUCAUGACAGUCUUUGCUAGGACAGAGGUGCUGGACAAAGAUGGGCAAAAGAGAGACAAGAUAACAGCUUUUAUUGUGGAGAGAGCCUUCGGUGGGGUUACCAGUGGCAAACCAGAGGACAAGCUAGGCAUCCGAGGCUCCAACACAUGUGAGCUGACCUUCGAGGACACCAAGGUGCCAGUAGAGAAUGUGAUCGGUGAAGUUGGUGGUGGAUUUAAGAUUGCCAUGAACAUCUUGAACAGUGGCAGAUUCAGUAUGGGAAGUGCUAGUGCAGGCAUGAUCAAGAAACUGAUUGAGUGGACUGCAGAAUACGCAAGCACAAGGAAACAGUUCACCAAGAAACUUUCUGAAUUUGGAAUGAUUCAGGAGAAGUUUGCCAUUAUGGCUCAGAAUGUGUUCGUGAUGGAGAGCAUGGCUUAUCUAACUUCCGGAAUGAUGGAUCGGCCUGGAGUUCCUGACUGCUCUGUAGAGGCAGCCAUGGUCAAGGUAUUCAGCUCUGAAGGUGCCUGGGUGUGUGUGAGUGAGGCACUGCAGGUACUGGGAGGGUUGGGAUACACCAAGAACUAUCCAUUCGAGCGCUUUCUUAGAGACUGUCGAAUCCUCCCGAUCUUUGAGGGAACCAAUGAGAUUCUGAGAAUGUACAUCGCUCUCACAGGAAUGCAGUACGCGGGUAAAAUCCUAACAGGAAAAAUCAAGGAGAUGAAAAAAGGGAACAUUGGUGUGGUGUUUGAGAUGUUGGGGAAGAAAUUAAAGGACUCUAUGGGGAAAAAAGUUGACAUGGGUCUGACCGGCAAGGACGGCGUGGUUCAUCCAAGUUUAACAGAAAGUGCAAAGAUGCUUGAGGAGAACGUGGCUUUGUUUGGAUCCACUGUGGAAAGUCUGCUCUACAGAUAUGGAAAGAACAUCGUAGACGAGCAGCUGGUGUUAAAAAGAGUGGCUGAUACACUGAUAAACCUGUACGCGAUGACCGCUGUGUUAUCCCGAGCCAGUCGCUCCAUCAGCAUCGGCCUUCGCAACCACCAACACGAGGUGCUGCUAGCAAACACCUUCUGCAAAGAAGCGUACUUCAAAAACAACUACUGGAUGACUCAGCUGCAAAAAAAUUCCCCGGAGAACAAUGACGCCAAUAUAAAGAAGAUUGCCCAGGAGGUCCUGGAAAAGCGAACAUACAUCUGCUCUCAUCCUCUUGAAAGGACAUUCUAAGCUGUCUCUCAGAACUGCACAUGUGGUCGUGUUCUUUAUUCUGAUUGGGUGUUAGGAACAAUGUAUUUUUUUUGCUAAAUGGUUUGGGUAUGUCGACUGUGUGUGAAAGCAUUGAUCUUGCCUUAAUAUAUUCGUUCGUUAAUAAAUUCAUUCAUUCAUUCAUCCCACUGACUAGAGUCAGACUACUGGAAUAUAAACCUCAAAACUUAUUAAACAUAUUUUUUUUAAAGACCCAUUACAGUUGCCAAACGGAUUAAUCCUUUUUGCACACGAUUUGAUAAUAAGUGGACAGUGGGAUUCAAAAGAUGAGAGAGAUAAUCUUCAUAGUAUUGUUUUGGCUUUGUACAUGUUAGUUCAUGUUGCUGUGUUAAGUAAAUGGAAUUAAAACCAUUUUUUCUAACCA